AUGGCAACUAGAAAUUCGGCUCCUGCUACUACCGUAUCCUGCGAAGAGCCCACGCAAGGAACAGAUGCAGACGAAACAGAUUUAACACUGACUCCAUCUGGAAACUUUUUGACAGCUACCUGUAUAUCUGAAGUCACUGGAAUUUCACCAUUCGUGGUGUAUAAUGAAGUUACAACCACUCUAGCUUCCAUCAUGAUGGUUUGUCUGAACAAUGGUUACCAGUAUACCACCGCUACUGGAGACGUCAUGUGA